GCUGAAUCUCUUGAAACACUUGUUUGCAACCAAGAUUGGCUCUUGGCAAGACGUCGAGCUCAAGAGUCAACGUACCAACUCGAAUCGGAGCAUUACAUGAAUGCAACAACAGAUGGAAGUCCGAGUUCUGAAGAAUAAGUUAUAAUUUUUUUUGUUAAUAGUUAUAGACGGAUUUAAGCAAAUUAGAGGAAUGAGAGCACAAAAAAUAGAGAUCGGGCAAUGCCAUAUAGAUACCAAAAAGCAUAAGCCAUAAAUUAUGGUAGUGUGCAACAUUGGGUGUCCAUUUUUGUCAAGACAUUCCCUUAAAAAAUCUAUUUGAUUUAAGACACAGUAAUGUCGUUAGAAAGGAGUACAAUUGAUAUCGAGACGUGGGAUGGGACCAUUUCAUCUGGAGAGUUCUACUUAUCCAGUUGUUCAUUUGCUGAGAAAUGGAAGAAGUUUAACUCUGCUCUUCCUCAAUGGUCAUGGUGCAGAUGCCCAAAGUUACUUGGGGUCCCUUCAUCUCGAGUAGAAGGAUAUCUAUGUGUGGAUGGCAUAAUUCCUCCUCGCAGGUCUACUAUGGAGGAUAACCAUGAAUGUGAUGAUGGUGGAUUAAAAGAGACCGUUUGCUUGAAGGAAGAGGAGUUUAUUGACAGUGCUGCAUUGGUUCAACCUGAGAUGCAUGAAAGGUGCCACUAUGACUUCCAUGUUGUUUACAGCUUAUCCUAUGGGGUCCCUGUGCUAUAUUUCCGAGCAUACUGGAGCGGUAUGUUUUAAUUCAGUGCAUUUUAUGAUCCAAACAAGUCAUUUGGUUUUAUGGAUUAUAUUCAAGUAUUAAACCCCUCUUAGUCUCUUACUAACCCCUUUGAGUGCUUAUAAUUAUAAAACAACAAGAAGCCCGGCAAAAUCCCACAAAAAGUAGGGUGUGGAAGCGUGUAUAUGUAUACCUUAUCCCUUCUAAAUAGUAGAGAUUUUGUUUCUAAGAGAUCCCCGGCUCAAAUAUAGAAGUACGGACAAAUAAACAACUGUUGCAUGG